ACCCAGAAAAAAACAUCGAAGAAAAGUCGGUUACCUCAAACAAUCAAAGGCUUUGGUUCAAGACAAAUUUUAUGUUCUCUUCAAGACCUCUUUGUUUUUUUUCUCUGUUUCCUUCUCUAGUGUCAUGAGCCCCAUCCUGAUCACUCCAGGAAGUCUCUUGAUUUUUUCACGCAUGUCCAUGUCAACACAACUGUCCCCUUUCACAUAUGUUUACUCUGCAUGUAAAGGUCAGGACACGUAGAAACAGCUCCCUGCCACGUGUUCUUCCACGUGUCAAUUCAAAUUUCUAUAUAACCCCAUAUCAACAUUUUGCACCUCCACAACAUAUAGUUGAUCACUAUCCCCAUCGAGAACCUUAACAAGCAGAUCAUCAGUGUUUUCUUGUUCUAAAAAGUUUUGAGAAGAACAAUGGCUUCAGGUGGUAAACAGCAAUUCCCACCUCAAAAACAAGAGACUCAGCCUGGGAAAGAGCAUGCCAUGGACCCCACCCCUCAGUUCACAAACCCAGAUUACAAACCCUCCAAUAAGCUCCAAGGGAAAGUAGCGCUAGUGACAGGUGGUGACUCUGGGAUAGGGCGAGCUGUGUGCCAUCUCUUCGCUCAAGAGGGUGCAACUGUGGCCUUCACAUAUGUGAAGGAGCAGGAGGACAAGGACGCACGUGACACAAUGCAAAUGAUCAAGCAGGCCAAGACUUCUGAUGCCAAAGACCCCAUGGCACUAGCCGCUGAUCUGGGUUAUGAUGAAAACUGCAAGAAGGUCGUUGAUGAGGUGGCCAAAGCCUAUGGACGCAUUGAUAUUCUGGUUAACAAUGCUGCCGAGCAGUACAAGGCAAGCUCAGUUGAAGAUAUUGAUGAACCCCGUUUGGAGAGGGUGUUCAGGACCAACAUAUUUUCUUAUUUCUUCGUGACCAGGCAUGUUUUGAAGCACAUGAAAGAAGGUGGCUCCCUAAUCUGCACAACAUCAGUGGUGGCCUACAAAGGAAAUGAUAAGCUGCUUGAUUAUACUGCAACAAAGGGUGCCAUUGUGUCCUUCAUUAGAGGACUUGCACUUCAUCUAGUAGGCAAAGGCAUACGUGUCAACGGUGUGGCGCCUGGACCGAUCUGGACCCCGUUGAUCCCCUCAUGUUUCGAUGAGGAAGAGACUGCACAGUUUGGCUCUGAAGUGCCAAUGCAGCGAGCUGGGCAGCCGUUUGAGGUUGGCCCGUCCUACGUCUUCCUUGCUUCCAAUGCUUUCUCUUCAUACUAUACUGGCCAAGUUUUCCAUCCUAAUGGUGGGGUUAUUGUGAAUGCUUGAUGGGGUUUGACAGAAGGAAUCUUUUAGGUGGUGGCUUUUUGUGUUUUGGGUCAUAAUAAAGUAGCUAGUACUACGUUCUUGUAAGGGUAAGAGUUGUGUAUGCAGAGAACGGUGAUGAAAUGAGUUAAUUUGUAAAUGUCUGCUUCUGUAUCUAUUAGCUCAGGUGAAAUGUAUGUACAUACAGUAUGCACUCUUUGUUAAUAAAACAAAUAAGUUAAAAGAGUUCAUAAAUGUA